AUGGCCAGAAUCCGGCGCACGUCAGGACUCUUCCUUGCUUCUCGGGGCGUUGGGACUCCCUGGGCCGUCAAGAACAUCCCGCGACAUCCGGGGGCUCUUGGGGCGCAAGCGAGGCCGGGAAUCCCCAAGUCGGCAUUCCUUCUUCGACAAGCUGCCAUUUUCGCGUGGCAGUACCUUUUGCUGGACGUCAUGUGCGCCGUCUCGAGGCUGGACGGGUCGUCGCCGGCGGCCCCGUCGGCGCGGAAGCCUUCUCGAUACUCCGAGGUCACGGCGGCAGAGUUGCCGGGGUACGUCUUCAUGGUUGUUGCUUCAUGGUUCCUCGUGGCCAGAGUGCUUGUCGAUGCGGGCUACCGAGCCGUUUCCUUGGUUGCCGUUUCGUCGGGGGCCUCGCCUCCUGAGGACUGGCCGCCCUUGUUCGGAAGCAUGUGGACGGCAUUCACGUUGCGCAACUUUUGGGGCAAGUUCUGGCAUCAGAUGCUGCGAUGGCCGCUUACGUCUUGGGCUAAUUACCUCGCACGGGACUUGCUGAGACUUCCUCGGCCGUCGCUGACGGAGCGAUACCUCAACACCUUGCUCGUGUUUCUUUUAUCAGGGCUUCUGCACGUGGUGGUGGACUCGGUGCAGGGAGUGCCCCCAAGUCAGUCCAAGGCCAUGGUCUUUUUCCCGCUCUUCACCGUGGGCUUCAUGGUGGAGGAUGGUAUUCAGGAGGCCUGGAAGAGACUUGGUGCUCCCAAGCAAGCCCGUCAACCGGACCUGGGCACGCCCCUCUGGCAACGAGUCUUGGGCUUCGUAUGGGUCAUCACCUGGAUGUCUUUGACGUCGCGACAGUAUCUUUUCGCUUCGCGGCAGAUGUCUGAGCAUGGUCGAGAGUUCGUCCCGAUAAGCGUCGUCAGAUUCAUAGGCGUCCCCGCAGGAAUAUUCUGCCUACUUGUGGCGGGAGUAACGGUCAAGGUAGCGUUUGGGGGGGAGCUGUAA